AUGCAUACACAUAGGAUUGAUAGUUUUCUUAUUGCAAAGAAUGUUAGAGUGGAAAUUGUACAUGAGUCCAAUCCAUAUUUUGCUGGUGAACCUAUAUCACUUGUGAUUAGGGUAAGGCAUUUGGGCUCUCAACAAGAAUUUUUGUUAUUGAGGGAAAAGAUACGAGAAUUACAAGAUGAAUUUGUUGAAAAUUUACAGUCACAGGAAUCAUUGGAGACAACCCCAGAUGAUGUUAACAGAAAUACAGAUGAUCAAGGAUGGUCCAUGAAAUCACUAUUAAGUUCAUUCACUAGAGGCUCUUCUGAAAGCUUGGCAAAAGAAGAGAUGGAAAGGAAGAAAGAGUUAAGAGAAAAUAUAACUAAACAAAUUCAAUUCCAUAAACCGGUCAAUUUAAUCUCUGGUUAUGUUCAAAUAUCAGGUUUAUUUCAAUUUGAUGGAGAAUGUAUCAAUGAAGCUGGGUUUGAAAAUUUGGGUAAAAAGAAGGUCGCAAUGGACACCUCAGUAGAUAACAGACUAUUGAAAGGUAGUUCAAAAGAUGAUAAAUCAGAUUCAAACCUAGAGUCACAGGAAUAUGAACAUAUUUCCAAGUAUAUUAAUUCCAAUUACAAUCCUAUUACUGGUGGUCUAAUUUCAAAGGAGGAAUACGAAUUGGUUGGCUCAGAAAGUUCGAAUUUAAUUGUCAGUAUGUCAAAUUUUGGCAAAACUAGUAAUAUUAAAAAUUAUCCAAUCUUUUUAAUCCCUCAAUCCCUAUUGUUCUCAGAAUUAACCUUGGAUGCUGGUGAAGUAAAAACUUUCCAUUUCAAAUCAAAUAAGCUUCCAACCGAUUUACCACCAAGUUACAAUAACUCCAAAACAAUUUCAAUUAAUUAUCUGCUUGAGGUAGGUGUGAGUAGUGUUAUUGGAACUACAAUCAGACCUGAACUCAUCAAGGUACCAAUCAACAUAGGCCCUUAUGUUAGCGCGAAAGGUGAACAAUAUAUUUCAUCACUCGAUCAAGAGGCAGUGAUACUUCAAGAAGGUCAGAUAACAGAAAUAAAACAGUCACUUAAAAACAGAAGAAUUUCCUCAAUUUCAGUGUCUUCGGCAAAUACAUCAUUUGGACACAGACGUAGCUUUAGCAUAGAUGAUUCUGAGAAAAUUGCAGAGUUAAAACAGAAUUUUGUAGCUUUAGUAAGAGAAAACACGAAAGAACCAAAAGAUAUUGAAGAACUAGUUGAAUUACAAAUUGAAAAACAAUUUGGUAAAGAAGACAAAGAAUCAGAACUAGAUGACCCUGAGACUGAGUAUUUGUCAAAGAGGGCAUCGACAGUAAGGAAUAAUAUAGCAAACCUAGAAAAUACUUACGAUCCAAUUGAUGACGAUACAGAUGAUGGGGAAAAUAAUACUGGUAAAUUUGAAUCGGGUUUGAUACCACAAUUAAGAAAUUUAAGAAGAAAUUACCAAAUAAAUAGAAAUGGUGAAUUAAUUGCCAAACUAUCCCUAUCGAAGCUUUUUUACACAACUUCUGAUGAUAUUGACCUGGUGUUAACUUUUUCUGAGGAUCCUUCAAAUUCUAUAAAGGUAAGUGCAGUAACAGUGUCAUUAGAAUCACUUGAGUUGGCCAAUCCUUUAUAUGGUAGUAAUGAUGCUGAUGCUGGAUCCAAACCAAAAAGCAAUCAAGUAUAUGAAACACAUGCCAUUUGCUUUGAUGACUGUGAAUCAAUUCCGUUUAAAUUAACUCUCCCAAAGUCACCAUCUAAUCAAUUGACUGGUCAAUUUAAAACUGACAUUUUCCAACUAAAGUGGAUUCUAACCUUUAAAUUUGUGCUCAUAUCCAAGGGUCUUGAUGUAACAAUGGAACAAUUUUACGAGGACAAAAGAGGGUAUCUGUUACAUUCCAAAGAUAAUAUUGAAGGUGAUGAGUUUAUUUGUCAUAUCCCAUUAACACUAUUACCAUCGUCACAUGCAUACGGUGGUUGGUAG